AUGAGGAUCGCCACACUGCAGUUUGCGCCACAACUAGGCGAUGUCGAGCAAAAUAUCAGGCGAGCAGAUCGAUUGCUGAAGUUGGAGGCGGGCAAUCAAGAUGCUUCUGAAGAGCUAGGAAUCGAUGAACUGCGGCCUGACAUUCUUGUACUGCCAGAAAUGGCGUUUUCUGGUUACAAUUUCGCGUCUCUCCAGGCGAUCAGACCUUAUCUAGAGGUGCAAGGUCAAGGCCCAUCUUCGCAGUGGGCACGAAGAACAGCACAGCGUCUCAAAUGUAAGGUCUGCGUAGGGUACCCUGAAGUUCAGCAUGUAGGCCCGUCAACAACAUCGGAUGGAGACUCUGCCGCAAGCUCGGUGAAGCUAUAUAAUUCCAUGCUUGUUGUGGAUGAAGCAGGCCAGAUUGUGCAUAAUUAUCGAAAGCGGUUCUUAUACUACACGGACGAAUCAUGGGCCUCUGAAGGGGAAGCAGAAUGGAGUUUUAAAUCCCUGGAAUUUCACGCAGCAAGUGGACCUGCCUCUGAGAAAACCGUGCAUAUCCCAACUACAUUUGGAAUCUGUAUGGAUAUUAAUCCGUAUAAGUUUGAGGCACCGUUUACUGCAUGGGAAUUUGCCAAUAGAGUGCUGGACUCCCAGUCACAUCUAGUUAUUGUGUCCGCUGCUUGGCUUGUAACCGACCCAACUACUAUCAUGGCAACGCAUGAGCGUUUACCUGAUAUGGACACGUUUAACUACUGGCUAAAGAGAUUCUGGCCUCUACUUGAGAAGAGAAUAGACUAUGGCAAUAGACAGUUAGAUGGCUUCUGUACUCCGACAGAAACAAAGGUCGUUUUAGUCUUCGCUAAUCGCACUGGCGUUGAGGACGGAGGGGCCGGGAGCAUUAUACCUACAGCAACAUAUGCCGGAACGAGCACUAUUGUUGCAAUCACACAGACACAUAAGGGCCACUCAGAAGCCAAAGAAACGUCAGGGGAUAGUACAACUUCGUCGUCAUCACUGGAUAUCAAAAUCCAUUGCUGGGGUAUCAAGGGGGCUAGGGAGGAAGGAAUUUGCUUUGCUGAUACGGCAUCAGAGCCAGAAAUGACAUUCGUCACGAAAAAGACUGAUGAAGACGAAAGUGACUGA